AUGCCCCCAAAGAGCAGCAAAUCCAGGCGACAGCAGACAAUAACUUAUAAUUUAUCAAAUGCAAAUGCUCGAGAUGCAUUUGAGGAGGAACUGGAGCUCGAGGAAGCGGAGCUGCAGCAACGCCAUACAGCUGGCCGGGCAAGGGUUAUGGGGCGUGGAAGUGCAGCUUUCUCCCUUGCUGCUGAUAUGCCUCGGCCACUCUACGAUAGGGAUAUGUGCGGCAUGCACGAGUACCCUUCACCACAGGCCACGACGGAUAUGAUAAACCUCCUGGAGCUCUUCGGCAGCUCCCUUGACCGCGAGGUUAUUGAGAGCGUUUACGUAGGCUGUAACAACAAAUUUAACUUUGCAAUGGAGCGGCUGCUGGAGCUUGCAGCGACUAACGACGCCGGUGCCGCAGGAGUCGCCGGCUGCGACGCUGACGCUGACGGCUCGUCCGCCCAACAACUCCCCAGCGGCAGCAGCGCCGACGCAGCGGCGGCGGAUUCUGCAGCCGCUACUGCCACUCCUGUCGUCUGCUACUGGGACAUCCUUCCCGACGACCUGAAGCGCCACGUGUUUGGCUUUCUGAGCUCUCGCGACCUGGCCCGGGUGGCACGAACCUGCCGGGACUUUGCCGGGCCCGCCAGGUCCCUGAGAACCAACACACGCCAGCUGCAGAUACCCACAGGUUUGGGUAUGCACGGCAUCAUGACCAUGGUGGCAAGUCACCCCAACGCCCGAGCCGUCAGCUUGCGCCAGUGGGCCGCCGCCCCGCUGUCCGACGGGGAGUUCACGACGCUGGUGGUGGCGCUGUCCGCCGGCAGCCGCAGCGACCGGCGGCUGGUGCCCGUGGAGGCGCUGAGCCUCAAGGGCUGUAGGUGGCUGUCGGACGGGCAGCUGAUGGCGGUGUGCCACACCAUGCAGCACCUAAAGGAGGUGGACCUCACGGACUGUGUGGGUAUUACGGACGCGGCGCUGGUUGCGUUAUCCAAGUACCAGCGCCUGGCGCCGGAGGGCGGCGACUCCUCCUCCUCAUCGUCGUCGUCGUACUCUGACGGGGAGUACGACGAUGCUCAGAAGUCGACGACGGCGAUCGGCACCGCCGCAGCCGCCGCGACGGCAGCGGCGAGGUCGCCGGUCCUGCAGCGCCCCAUACCGGGCCGGCGGGAGGAGCGGAGGAGGAGCAGCGGCGACGGUGACGGCGACGGCGAUGAUGAGUUGCAAUUUGAAUUCGAUGCCACCCCGGCGCCAUCUGUACGGCCGAAGGUGGAUGGCGGGCCGGCGGGCGCCUGCGGGGAGGCCUCUGGAGCCCUCCUGGACGACGUGAGGUCGUCCGCGGCGGUGGCGGCUGACGGCGACGGUGACGGCAAGGCGCAGGAGGGGGAGGAGGAUAUGGAGGGUGGUGGGGCUCGCGCCAGUAGCGGCAGUAGCAGCAGCAGUGAUGAUGACGAGGAGGAGGACGAGGGGGAGGCGGGUGGCGGGGAUGCGGCUCACAGCCGGGUAGCAGAUCCCGGUGUUGAGGGUGGUAGGGAGGGCGAGGAAGAUGGCGUCGUCGCCAUGCCGCCUUCGCCGCUAGGCGCUGAGGUGUUGGAGGGCGCCUUCAAGGCCGGGCUGGCGCUGUCGCCACCCACAGCAGCAGCAGCCGCAAAGCCGCGACAGGGUGACGGCAAUGGCGGUGCCGCGGUCAACGUCGCGCCUGUGACGGGGGCGACGGCAGCAGCAGGAGGCGGCGGCAGCGGCGGCGGCCGCACCCGCCGGGGCACCGCCGGCAGCGACAGCGCCUCCGGGACGCCGCUGUACGGCGCGUCUCCUGUCAGCGGCAGCGGCCUCAUGGGCACGUCGUACGGUGCCGCCGCCGCUGCUCGCGGCGGUGCCAGCAGCCCCUGGCUGUACGGCACUAGUCCCGCGGGUCACAGUACCGGUGUUGCUGCGGCUGCUGCUGCUGCUGCUGCCGCGGUCAUCGGCUCUGGUUCCAAGAGCUGGUUGUACGGCAGCAGCCCCGUUAUGGGUGCGUCGCCGUACUUCCGUACAGGGGGAUCCGCCAGCAUUACGCACAAUGGCUGGCUUGCGCGUGCGGCCACGGCGGCCACACACCACCACAGCGGCCGCGGGCUCAUGAGCAUCAAUUUAUCAGGCUGUACGGCUAUUUCCUCUGACGGCGUGAAGGCGCUGCUGUCCGCCCCCCUCCCCAAGUCCUGUCUGCUCCAGCUGGACAUCUCCCGCUGCCCCCGCAUCACCCGGGCGGCGCUGAUACUGCCAGCCACAAGCAAUUUGUGUGUGUUUCGCGCGUCGGCGUGCCACAACCUGCACGAAGUGAUCAUGCAGCUUCCCCUCACCUCGCCGCUCACGGAAUUGCAUCUGGCGGACUGCAAGGCACUGAGUAAAUUACACGGUACGUGGCUGCGCCACCUGACAGCCAGCCUGUGCUUCAGGCUUGUGGAUCUGGAUCCGGAGCGUUGGGAGGUGGGUCGCCUGGAGCACCUCAACUUGUUCGGUUGUCGGCACCUGGAGUGGCCGGGUCUGGCGGCGCUGCUGGCCAAGUGCGGCUCCUCCCUGCGGCACCUGGAUGUCAACGGGUGCAACUCGGUGGUGGUUGCGGACAUUCCCGCGGGCAACGACGGUUUGCGGCACGUUGACGCCAGCGGCUGCAAAUCCCUGGUGGCGCUGCGCUGCCCCAGCCCCGCGCUGGCCACCCUCACGCUGCGCUCCUGUCCCCGACUGCAGGAGGUGACGCUGGAGUCCCCGGCGCUGACCCGCCUGGACAUCUCCAACUGCCCGCACCUUCAGAGGCUGAGUAUGCCUGCCCUACAACAACAACAACAUCAACAACAAGAACAAGAACAACAACAUCAGCAACAACAACAGGGGCAGGGGUCGCAGCAGCAGCAGCAGCAGGGGCAGGGACAACAGGCGCUCGGUGCUGGUGCCGGCAGUGGCGGCGGUGGCAGCGGCGGGGCUGGACCAGUGAGCGCGUUACGUGCGGCGCCCAUAUGCGACAUUUACCAUGGACCUAACAGCAAGCGCGUGUUCCGCAGGUCGCAAGGGACGCAUGUGCAGGAGGUAUCAGCCAACCCAGCCGCGGAAGUGGCGUGGUACUUCCCGGACACCCGCGAGCAGUACCGAAUUGCCGGCGACCUGCUCAUCGUCGACUCAGCCCACACGAACGCGGCCCUACAGGAGGCACGCACACGUACCUGGGCCGCUAUGUCGGAAGGCGGGCGGCAGCAAUUCGGGUGGCCUCAUCCGGGUCGGCCUCGGGCGGCGGAGGAUCCCCAAGCUUGGAACAAUCCCGCGCCAGGGCCGCAGGAACCGCCAUUGGACACGUUCUGUUUGGUGGUCCUCAGAGUGGGGGAGAGAUACGCAGGCGCACUCUUGAGCGCUUGCUCAUCCACAAUUUUCAUUAGGAAGUGCGAGCACGGCGGUAGUUGUGCCCUUUCGGUUAACUUCUUUGAAAACGUAUCUUUGAUAACGUCCGAGACGCGAUAA